GGCCGCCGGCUCCAGGCCGGGUUUUGGCGCCGCCCGCCGCCGCCGCCUGGCGGCUCUGAACUCCAGCCCCCUCGCUAUCAGCCGCUCACUCCGUCUCAAUAUGUCUCAAGAUGGCGGCCAAUGUGGGAUCGAUGUUUCAAUAUUGGAAGCGCUUUGAUUUACAGCAGCUGCAGAGAGAACUCGAUGCCACAGCAACAGUACUGGCGAACCGGCAAGAUGAGAGUGAGCAGUCUCGAAAGCGGCUCAUCGAGCAGAGCCGGGAAUUCAAGAAGAACACUCCAGAGGAUUUGCGCAAGCAGGUAGCACCGCUGCUGAAGAGCUUCCAAGGGGAGAUUGAUGCACUAAGUAAAAGAAGCAAAGAGGCAGAGGCAGCCUUCCUAAACGUCUACAAGAGACUGAUUGAUGUUCCAGAUCCCGUGCCAGCUCUGGACCUGGGGCAACAGCUACAGCUCAAAGUACAGCGCCUGCACGACAUCGAGACCGAGAACCAGAAACUUCGGGAGACACUUGAAGAGUACAACAAGGAAUUUGCUGAAGUCAAGAACCAAGAGGUGACCAUCAAAGCGCUGAAGGAGAAGAUCCGCGAGUAUGAGCAGACGGUGAGGAGCCAGGCAGAGACCAUCGCCCUCGAGCGCGGCCAGAAGCUGCAGGAUGACUUCGCAGAGAGGGAGAGGAGGCUGCAGGAGAGCCAGCUGUCCACCACCUCGAAGCUGGAGGAAGCGGAGCAGAAGCUGCAUACCCUGCAAACAGCCCUGGAAAAAACUCGAACGGAAUUAUUUGACCUGAAAACCAAAUACGAUGAAGAAAGCACUGCAAAGGCCGACGAGAUCGAGAUGAUCACCACUGACCUGGAGAGAGCCAACCAGAGGGCAGAGGUGGCACAGAGAGAGGCGGAGUCCCUGAGGGAGCAGCUCUCGUCGGCCAACCACUCCCUGCAGCUCGCCUCCCAGAUCCAGAAAGCCCCGGAUGUGGAGCAGGCCAUAGAGGUGCUGACCCGCUCCAGCCUGGAAGUUGAGUUGGCUGCCAAGGAGCGCGAGAUCGCCCAGCUGGUGGACGACGUGCAGAGCCUGCAGGCAAGCCUGAGCAAGCUGCGCGAGACCUCAGCCAGCCAGAUCGCCCAGCUUGAGCAGCAGCUGAGUGCCAAGAACAGCACGCUCAAGCAACUGGAAGAAAAACUCAAGGGUCAGGCUGACUAUGAAGAGGUGAAGAAGGAGCUGAACAUCCUCAAGUCCAUGGAGUUCGCCCCGUCAGAUGGAGCAGGGAUGCAGGAUGCCGCAAAGCCCCUGGAGGUGCUGCUGCUGGAGAAGAGCCGCGCCCUGCAGUCGGAGAACGCGGCCCUGCGGAUCUCCAACAGCGACCUGAGCGGGUCAGCCAGGAGAAAAGGGAAAGACCAGCCUGAGAGUCGGCGCCCGGGACCCAUGCCGGCCUCCCCUCCUCCCCAGGUGCCCCGCGGCCCGGGGGACCAGGCUUCCAAUACUAAUGGUACACACCAGUUCUCACCAGCGGGGUUAAGUCAAGACUUUUUCAACUCAUCCCUGGCCAGCCCCAGCCUACCCCUGGCUCCUACAGGAAAAUAUGCACUAAACUCUCUUCUCCAGCGGCAGCUCAUGCAGACCUUCUACUCCAAGGCCGUACAGGAAGCAGGAAGCACAAGCAUAAUUUUUUCAACAGGUCCAUACAGCACAAACUCCAUCUCUUCCCCAAGUUCAUUACAACAGAGCCCCGAUGUCAAUGGCAUGGCCCCGUCGCCCAGCCAAUCCGAAAGCGCUGGGAGCGCCUCGGAGGGCGAGGAGAUAGACACGGCGGAGAUCGCCCGGCAGGUCAAAGACCAGCUCAUCAAGCACAACAUUGGACAGCGAAUCUUUGGACAUUACGUCCUGGGACUAUCACAGGGGUCUGUGAGCGAGAUUCUGGCCCGGCCCAAGCCGUGGAAUAAGUUGACCGUCCGUGGCAAGGAGCCGUUCCACAAGAUGAAGCAGUUCCUGUCGGAUGAGCAGAACAUCCUGGCCCUUCGCAGCAUCCAAGGCAGACAGAGAGAGAAUCCAGGCCAGAGCCUGAACAGACUAUUUCAGGAAGUACCGAAACGAAGAAAUGGGUCUGAAGGAAACAUCACCACCCGGAUCCGAGCCUCUGACACUGGCUCCGACGAUGCCAUCAAAUCCAUCUUGGAGCAGGCCAAGCGGGAGUUGCAAGUGCAGAAAACCGGUACGGCCUCCUCCGCCGCCGGCCCUAACGUCAUUAAGACAAUUGUCAGGAGUGUUCUGGUCAGCGCUGAGCCGGUCCAGCCGUCUUCCACAUCCAGCAGUGGGAACUCAGACGACGCCAUCCGCUCCAUCCUGCAGCAGGCCCGCCGGGAAAUGGAGGCCCAGCAGGCCGCCCUGGACCCUGCCUUAAAGCCAGCACCACUGUCCCAGCCCGACCUCGCCCUCCUCACACCCAAGCUCCUGUCCGCCUCACCCAUGUCCUCCGUGUCCAGUUACUCGCCUCUCGCCAUCUCCCUGAAGAAAACCACCGAGGCCAGCACCUCUGCACUGCCCAGCACCCCAGCCCUCAAGAAGGAGGCCCCGGACGUUCCAGGCCUGGACCCCCAGGGCACGGCCGAGGCCACCCAGGGGGUCCUGAGGCAGGUGAAGAGUGAGCUGGGCCGCGGCGGGUCCUGGAAGGACCCCUGGUGGAACCCCAUGCAGCCCGAACGGAGGAACCCCGCCCCCAGCGACGAUGCCAAGGCAGAGGAGCCGGCGGGUGCCAAGGACAAGGCGGGCGGCGGGCAGCUGCGGGGCCCCGCGGCCACCGAGUACUGGAAGGAGUGGCCCAGCGCCGAGUCUCCGUACUCGCAGAGCUCGGAGCUGAGCCUUACGGGAGCCAGCCGCAGCGAGACGCCCCAAAACAGCCCUCUGCCUUCCUCCCCAAUUGUUCCCCUGGCCAAGCCCGCCAAGCCCUCGGUGCCGCCGCUGACGCCCGAGCAGUACGAGGUGUACAUGUACCAGGAGGUGGACACCAUCGAGCUCACCCGGCAGGUGAAGGAGAAGCUGGCCAAGAAUGGCAUCUGCCAGCGGAUCUUUGGGGAGAAGGUGCUAGGCCUGUCCCAGGGCAGCGUCAGUGACAUGCUAUCACGACCAAAGCCAUGGAGCAAGCUGACCCAGAAAGGCCGAGAACCCUUCAUCCGGAUGCAGCUGUGGCUGAAUGGCGAGCUGGGCCAGGGCGUGCUCCCCGUGCAGGGACAGCAACAAGGGCCAGCACUCCACUCCGUGACGUCACUACAGGACCCCCUCCAGCCGGGCUGCGUGAGCUCAGAAAGCACUCCAAAGACCUCGGCCAGCUGCAGCCCGGCCCCCGAAUCCCCAAUGAGCUCCAGCGAGUCUGUGAAGAGUCUAACGGAGCUGGUCCAGCAGCCUUGUCCCUCCAUCGAUGCCAGCAAAGACGGCAAAGGCCCAGAGCCCAGCGACCCACCAGCCUCCGACUCCCAGCCCCCCACCCCGCUGCCUCCCUCGGGACACUCAGCCCUCAGCAUCCAGGAGCUGGUGGCCAUGUCUCCAGAGCUGGACACCUAUGGCAUAACCAAGAGGGUCAAGGAAGUGCUGACGGACAACAACCUUGGUCAGCGCCUGUUUGGAGAGACCAUCCUGGGACUUACUCAAGGCUCUGUGUCUGACCUGCUUGCCCGGCCAAAGCCCUGGCACAAGCUGAGCCUGAAGGGCCGGGAGCCCUUUGUCCGCAUGCAGCUGUGGCUCAAUGACCCCAACAAUGUAGAGAAGCUGAUGGACAUGAAGCGGAUGGAAAAGAAAGCCUACAUGAAACGACGGCACAGCUCCAUCAGUGACAGCCAGCCCUGCGAGCCCCCCGCCGUGGGCAUUGACUACAGCCAGGGCGCCAGCCCCCAGCCUCAGCACCAGCUCAAGAAACCCCGUGUGGUGCUGGCCCCCGAAGAGAAGGAAGCUCUGAAGAGAGCCUAUCAGCAGAAGCCAUACCCGUCACCAAAAACCAUCGAGGAACUAGCCACCCAGCUCAACUUGAAGACCAGCACCGUCAUCAACUGGUUCCACAACUACAGGUCUCGGAUCCGCAGAGAACUGUUCAUCGAGGAGAUCCAGGCCGGGAGCCAGGGCCAGGCCGGCGCCAGCGACUCGCCGUCGGCCCGCAGCGGCCGCACCGCACCCGGCUCGGAGGGCGACAGCUGCGACGGCGUGGAGGCCGCGGACGCCGAGGAGCCGGGCGGCCCCACCGCCACCGCCGCCGCCGCCGCCGCCGCCACCACCACCACCACCACCACCGCCAAGUCUCAGGGAGGGCCGGCCGAGGCCGAGGCCGAGCGCGGGCCGGAGGAGGCGCCGCGGCCCGCCGAGCCCUCGGGGACCCCGGGCACGGAGGACGCCGACGACGCAGGCCGGCCGCGGCCGCCGCCGCCCCCCGAGGGCCCCACCGAGGGCCCCGCGCCCUGCCCCGCCGCGCCAGCCACCGCCCGGGAGGACGCCGCUACCUCAGCCGCCGCGCCCGCCGCGGGCCCCGGCGCCGCCGAGAGCAGUUCCGCCUUGCCAAGCACCAGCGCGCCCGCCGCCACCGUCCCCGCCACGGCCGCCGCCGCCACCACCGCCUCCGCCACCGCCACCACGGCCGCCGCCGCCACCGCCACCGCACGCAGGCCCAGCUCGCUGCAAAGCCUUUUCGGCCUGCCUGACGCCGCGGGCGCCCGGGACUCACGGGACAACCCGGUGCGCAAGAAGAAGGCCGCCAACUUGAACAGCAUCAUCCACCGCCUGGAGAAGGCCGCCAGCCGCGAGGAGCCCAUCGAAUGGGAGUUCUGAGCGCCCCGGCCAGGUCGAGCAGAUCGCGGGCCCGGCCCGGCCAGGCCCGGCCAAGGAAGGCCACCCGAGCCCAGCCGAGGCCUGGACGCGUUGCGCACUUACCGCCCUGCGGGCCACAGGGCAAAAUCGCCAUAGGCCAAGGUGCAUAUAGAAAACAAAGGAGCAUUAAGCCCAAUCUAUGUCGUGUUUUCAAGGAAGAAAACGGAAAUGUGUAGUCAAGCUUUUUUGUACCCUCAAGUGUUUUUUUUAUUGCCCUAAGUGAUUUCCACAGGUUCUGGAAUAACUCUUUACAGCUUUGCCUUGCGCCCUUCUCUUCGUGUGGGCUUAAAAAGAGAAAAAAAAAAUCAAACCCACAUAUUAAAAGGGGGCUUUUUAUCUGCCAUCUAAUGGCUUCAGAGCGAUAAUACACUAUUAUCUUCUUAAACCAGGAAAAGGGGGGGGGGAUUUUUCAGAAAAAAAAAUUUAAAAAAGAAAGCUUUUGUAGCUGCCCAGUUGCCACUAAGAGAUUGCACAGUCAGGCCGACUCUAAACACAUUAGUUUGGAUUCCUAAAUAUUUUCAAGAAAAGAAUCUUCUCGUUUGAAACUUUGAAUUGAAAUAAAACACAUUGACUCCACAUAUUUUUUAACAGAAAAAAAAAAAAAGACAAGUCACAUCAGGAAAGUAUCUGAUUUCGUGGUAGCUGACGUAGUGUUUUCUUGUACGUGAAUAGACUCCUGACGUAGUACACAUUGAUCCAUAGCUUUAACUAACUCUGGGCUUUUGCCGGCCAGAGUUUGUUUAAUACGCUCCAUUCUAGGCCAAAUCAGGACAAAAAGAAAAGAUCCGAAUCUAGGUAUUUUAUAAUCUGCUUUUUAACCUCUAACCGGAGAGCACGUUGAUCAGACCUCAUAUAUAGGAGGUUUAGGAGACAAGUUGGAACUGUAGCGUGAACCCAUUCAUUUUGUUUAAUUUAUGGUGUCUACGUCUAUGUGUGUCCUGUCCCAGCUUUGCAAGAAAGGGUAGGCUGGCUAGGUUGCAGCCGGCAGUGGGGGGUGGGGGCAUCUUUCUUUGGCACAUGGAAGGCACCUCCUUUGAUACCACUCUCCGGAGUGUCUGAUGGACCAGCGCCCCCCCCCCCCAAGCACCCUGGGCCACGAAUGCGCAGUCUUUCUCCUCUUCCCACCACAAGCACUGAGGACCUGUCACAUUCGUGGGAAGAGCUCUUCCAUGCAGGAGCAGGACGGGGGCAACCUGGGCUCUCUGCUCCCACCCCUGUAGAAACCACCCAGACACACCAAAACGUUGAUGCUCUUUGCUUCCAACCCAGACCACUGGCCCUUCCUUCAGUUCUCCUCUUGGGAAGUUCUUUUUAUGCACAGUUUAGAGCAGUCCAAGUAUAAAUCAACAAAGUAAGAAAAAAAAAGUCUAACUUGUCUCUGAUUCCUCCCGUUGUCUAUGUGUAUAUGCGUGAGUUCAGAGGUGGAUGGGAGCGUGCGUGCGUGUGUGCGUGUGUGCAAUUUUCUACGUCCGUGUAUUUUCUUAAGUACCUGUGCACACAUAGAGUGCAGUACUGCCACCUUUUUCAAUAAGCUGGUUUAUCAGUUACGGCUUCUACAAGUUUGCUAAUUUAGACUCCUUUAAUUGCCAUAUCUUUAAACUAACAAUAGAUGAUUUCGGUAUAUAUAUAUUUUUUUUGCUUAUUUAUAGGUGCUGUAUUUUAUUAUCUGAUUGUUAGGAAGGGAUGGAAGGGGCAAAUACUCUUUAGAGGGAUAGACUGCCGGCAGUAUUGGGUAUAAUUUUCAAGAUGUAGCUGUCAUACUGUAUAUUACUGAUUGAAAGCUUUUGACCGUAUUGUGUAUCAUGGAAACCUUUGUCUUAGGUCAACAUCUUUGGAUGACAUUUUAAUGGUGCAUUCAUUAUUUCUUAAGUUUAAUUAAUAUUACUUUGUUCUUUUUUGUUUCGGAUUGGGGGUGGGAGGGAGUUGUGAUUUUAAUGUCUGCUCCGCGGUCACACCGUGCGUUGGUUAGUACUCACUUACCUUGUAGGACUCAGACUGUAAAGUCCGAAAGCACAUUUCUUUGCAUGCUUUAGAAUUUAUGUAUUUCAUUUACAGUCUUUAAACCUACAACUGCAGCACUUAAGAGUUUUCACAUAUCUUAAAGAGUCUCUACACUAAAGACAAUGUCUUUUCAUGAAUAAGAAGUUUCCAGAAGGCUCUACGAGGCUGGGACGCAGGCCCUUUGUCUUUGGUUGUGGAUAUCCACACUUGCAGUCUGGCUCAGUGGGAAGAGAAUUCAGGACGGAGGGGGCUGAGAGGAAAUAGAUUUAGAUCUGGCUGGAGGCAGGGGCUGAGAGUGAGGUUACACCCAGAGACCCCAAAACAGAGAGGCAGAGCGGAUGGGACAGUGGGGUCCCCUCCCCAAAACCUCAAGGGGACAUUGCCACCUAUAUAACGCAUCUCUAAAGACAUAACUUCCAUCACCGUGAGAGCAGGUGGUAACAAUAGGCUUCACUGUUGCUUAGCCAAGGGAUUAAAUCGGAGGAAGUAGAGAAGUUUAGAUUUGUCCAGUCCUCAUGGCUAAAUGGUAACAGUCUAAAACAGCCAUGUUAGUAUUUAGUCAUGGGCAGAUGGAAGGGGAGGGAAGUGCUUCUUACAUUUGAACUCAGUCACUGUACAUUUCCACUCUUGCCCUUCCCGCCAGACUUCCAUCUGGAUGCUUGAUGCAAUCAGUUGGUUAGAUUUUUCUUACAGCUCUGGGUAUGUAUUUGUUCCUCUGUUAUCGUGUUUUUUUUCCAUUGAGAUCCUAACCUUGUGAUUUUGGGUUGAGCUAACACUCUGUUUUACUUCUAAGAGCUGCCACAGGAUAACACAGAAACCUGUGCCCAGGCCCCUCAGUCUGAGUCUUAAGGGUUCAUCUUUCAUCUUGAUAAGCAAUAUUCAAGUGCCUUGAACAGCGCCCCCUCGUGGUGACCUCCACUGGCUGGCUGGUGAGCCCAGCCAAGCUCCCGCAGGCAGCCAGCCCUCCUUCCUCUUUAUGCCCUGUUGGCUUAAAAAGCUAAUUUGUACCUCUCCCCAGAGGAAACGGUUCCCUAUAAAACACUAACACUUAAUUAUAAGCUCCAUUAUACCAUUUUAAAUGGCUUCUUUUUUGUUAAUUGGAGACAGCAUUCAUAACUUCAGACUUCUGCCACUACUUGGCUAGCUUGGUGGAGGCCUAAAAGUCCCUGUUCCUGUCCUGCCUAAGUUCCCUUGUGCUAUCUAGUGGCUGGCAUGGGGGUUCUGUCUCAGAUCCACUGCUUCCCCCAGGCCCGGAUCCCUGUUCACUUGUGUGUCAGGAUGUCUGACUGUCUAUCCAUUUCCACUAGACUUGUCACUAGAAAGGAGAGUCAUGGCCAAGAGCUAGCUAAGCUGCCUGAGAUGGCUUAGGGUCCGGCCCCUUGGGGCAAGAUCAGGGUCAGGCCCCCAGGAUGCAGGUUUGAGAGAGAUGUACAGGAAAUUCCACUCUCCAACCACACUGCUCUGUGGGGUGGGGAUGGUAAACCUCAGCUCUCAGCCUGUCCUCUAGGACAGGGCCUGGAACCUCCAAAGCACAGUGUCUUUCUCCCCUCCCCGCCCCCCCCCACCCCGCAGCCUCUUGUCUGUGUCUCCUUCCCCACUUAGAAACUGCCCCAUGUGAUGCAGGCAGCCUGGUCUGCUGUCAUCUAGACACAGGGAGCAAUGGGGCUUUGUCUCAGGCCUGGGAUCGGGGCCGUCAGACUGGAUUUCUUUGUUCCUUUAGAGGAAAGUCUGAGCGCUGAGCCUUCUGGGCAAUGUUUUCUGUUCCUAUGGAUGUUCCAACAGAUCUUGCUGGAAAAUGGCAGGGGUGUGUGCACAUGCCCCUCUGAGGUUAGCACCGGGUGACCUGGUGGUGACCCGAGUAGAAAUGGGCCAGGAGCAGCUGUGCUAGGAGCUGCAGCACUGCAGACAUGGUGGGCCCUCCUUAAGGUCCUUGGAGCGGCAAAUGUCCCUGUCCCCCCUCAUCUGUCUUCACACUCUUUAUUGUCCCUGUCUACCUCACCCAUGCUCCCACCUGGUAAGGCAAGUGGACUGGGGAUGCACGGCUGCCUGUCCACCAGGCCAGCUUUGGUGAGAACAUGAGGAUGGGCAGCUGCGCGGUGCGGGGUCAGUGGAUUUGCUGCUCCCACAGCUGCGCCCUGUGCGGGAGUGGUCGCCAAGGCCUCACUCUCUAUGCUUCCUGAACAGCUGUCGGGAUCCAUCCCGGCCGCCGUUGUCCUGGGCUGCCCUCACCAUGGCCCCCCACAGCACCCUCGCCUCCUGUGGCAUGAUUCUGCUUUCUCCCAUGUGACCUUCAAACAUCUCAGGCAUAGGAAAGGGCUAGGGCUUGCUUCUGUGGCCUGAAUACCUUGACCUCCCCAAAUAGAAUACUUGUAACUUGCCUGUUAUCCCAGUUUCUUGGGAGGCAGAAUUAGAGGAUUGUGGUCUGAGGCUAGCCCUAGGCAGAAAUGUAAGAUGAUAAAGCAGAACAGCUGGGGGCAUGGCUCUAGUGAUAGAGCACCUGCCUAUCAAGCAGAGGCCCCUGAAUUCAAAUCCCAGUACUAACAAAAAAGAAAAAUACAAAGGAAGUUGUAGUUUUCCAUUCCGUGCUGAGGAAAAGCAGUCCCCAGGCUGCUACUGUAGGUUAGGCCUCCACUGUGGAGGCCGAAGUCUCCCAAUGGGGAUUGGGAGCCAGGAUUGUGUGGUUUUGUGGUCAGGCAUUCAGUCGCCAGGACAAGGCUUUGGCCAGGUGGCCAGGUAGUGGCCUGGGACUCCCCCAGGAACUGGCUCCUCCCCCCAGGGCCUGGCCAGCACUGUGCCAACGGCCCACAGAAUGGUCCAGCUUGACUAUUAUUUUCACUCAGCAGAUUUGCCUUUCUGUAGAUGAAAUCUACCAGGAUAAAAAGGAAAGUAAAUUCCUCAACAAAGUUCCAGAAAGAUCUCAUGUUUUAAAAAACCUGAGAGAUGGGCUGAAAGCCAAGGCCAAGACCCUGAGGGUCAGUCUGGAUGGAAAUAAGGCCUCUAGGCAUCCAGCAGACCCUAAAGCCAGCCUGGGCAUUCGAGUUCUGGUGGCUGGAAAGCUGUUUCUUCUGGAUCUGUCCCCACCCCCCUUCAUGCCUUGCCCACUCCACCGGCUCUGCCACUCCCUUCCAAAGAUCCCCGCCCUCAGGGCAGCCUCACUUUUCAUUUGGGGAUGAAAUGACAUUUAGCUUUAACAAGACAUUUCCAAAGCACCUGGUCUCUUCCAAAAUGCUAACUUUAAAAGUUAAGCGUGGUAGGGAAAGAAUUGUGUGGGGGAGGAGAGGUUCAAAGAAAAGAAAAAGCUGAUGAGAGAAAGACAUUUGGCUGUGUGUGUCCCUCCCCAUCCGACCCCUGUGCGUCAACUUUGAAACCACCUUUGAGUUGCUUUGCAUGGGUCUGUUUUCUUCGUGGUGUUAAGAAGUAGUCUGCGUCACUGUAAUUUCUGUACUGUUGUGGCUUUAAUUUCUGCUAUGUAUCACGCUUUCUGCGAUCAGAAAGAAAAGGUGCCUUAAACCUCGAUGUCACAGCUCUGACACAAGCACAUUGCGCAAGUGUGGGAACUUUUCGUUGGCAAAGCAAGAUAUACCCUCAGCCAGAUGUGUCCGUGCCCUGGGCUGCUUCCGAUUCAUACUGCUCCCGCAUACUCCUUCCCUUUUGCUUUUUUCUUCCUUUCCUUUUUCUUUCUUUCUUUUUUUUUUUUUUUUGAGUUGGCUUUAAACAGCACUUAAAUAUAAGAUGGCUAUGUGUAAAAGUUCUGUGCAAUGAAAUCAUGUUUCUUCGUUUUGCAAAGACGACGAAUUGCACACCAAAUGAACUCGAAGCUUUAGACCAGGGCUAUUCAGGUUGUGGAUGAGUUUAUAUUCACUGUAGAUCUGUGUUCAUGAAACCGAAGGGCAAAUAAAUCCUUCUCCCAGCUCCCCUUCCCCAGCCAGGAUCCCAGCCUGGGGUUCAGCCACUGAGCCACCCCCCAAGUGUCAGAUUAUAGCCGUCCCUCCUGCCACUCCCCCGCCCCUGUUGAGAUGGCCUACUGCUGACCUGCCAGUGUGCGCAAAAGAUGACUGGAAAGUGUUUCCUUAAGAAAAGAAUACUUUCUAUCCAUCGUCUUCUAUUUAUUAUUAAGGUUACCCAUUUGAGCGCCAUCAGGAGUGUGUUUUGUGUCGUGAUUGCUUUCACUAUCACCCCAGUGACCACAGUCUGCACACCCCCCUGGGAAUCCGGGGGCGGGGGGGGGGGCAGGCACAGAAACAAGCCUGUCUCCCCCAGUAGCCACCCGAAGACAUCCCACACAUCCGAAAGUGUUUUGAAUGAGAGAAUUGAACAAAAGCAUAAAAAAUAAAAGCUUACUGGUGCCAGGAGCAGCCAAGGAAAGUGUGGGGGAGCCGUGUCCAGGUCCCCAAAGCCUCCUAGAGCCUCUCGAGACUUCUGGGUUCAUGAAGGUUCUUUGGUGCACCCUGACGAGAGGGUCGUGGCACUGCCGCCAUUGUCCCCUGUGUGCUGGAGGAGUUUCCCUUGGCGUCUGCGUCGCUGGGGCGGGGGUCCUUGUCAUUCCUGCAUUCAGAGUGGGCUGCAACCUCGUGGAAGGGUGUGGGGUCAUCGCAGGGAGCCCCUUCCCCCCAGGGUGGUUGACUUGGGGGUACAGUGAAGCAAGGUCUGCCAGCAAGACAUUCAGACGUGCUAACCAGGGGUGAGGGUGCUGGGGUCAGUUCUAGCCCUGGAGCCACCUCGCUGGAGGGUCCUGCAGAAGUGGCCCAAGACAGGGCCUCGGGCCCCCCAUUCAUUCCUUCCAUGCCAUGGCUCUGAAAUUAUUGGGGUUCCCAAUUUUAUCUCUUUGGGGGGGAGAUGCCCUAUCCUCCUUGGAUAUUCCUUUUUCUCUACAAUUAGUCUAUGCACCUCUCUCUGUCUCUCUCACCAUUUUCUGCCUCUUUCCUUGCAAAGACAAGCAUCUCAUGACCCACCCUCUGAGACUGCCACAGGAAAAUGCUGUGCAUUUUGGAGACAUGAGAAUUAAUUCGACUGUUGAGCGUUUUGAAAGUAGCUUGUUAUAAACGUGGGGGGCGGGGAGCCCCUUUCCCGUGGAAUAGGAGACCUAGCUCUGCCUUUUGUGCAAUAACUACUUCCAGUGCAAGCGGGUGGCCCACGCUCCUGCCCAGACUACUAACCACAGCACAAGACACGUGUCCCCGGGCGGCCUCGGCCCACGGCCCCUCCACGCCCUGCCCUCCCAGCACAUGGUGGGGGGUCGACGUUUUAGCAGUAUUUUAUAUUUUCUGUAACGCACUAAGUCUUAGAUGUUUCAAAAGCUUGUUUGUUAAUACAAUCACAGAGAUUUUUUUUUGUUCCUUAAUUCUCACAAAAGACCCAAUUGACCAAAAAGAAAAAAAAAAAGAGAAAAGAAAAAUAAGAAAAAUAACAAAAUGAAAACAAAACAACAAAAAAAGCAUCUUUUUUUUUUUUUUUUGUACAAAUAGCUUUGAGAAGCCUCUUGUGUCUCGGUGGUCCAUCGCUGAUUUCUGGCUAUUUGUUUUUCCUGGAAGUAUCAAAGUGGAUGUGGCUGGCGUGGGGGUGGAGAGGCACCCGUCCGCUCCUGGGCGUCGUCCCUUCUGUCUGGUUAGCCAUAUGUCUGUCCUCUUAACACUGUACAACGGUCCUUCUAUGACAUAGAAAAGCAAUACCACUGAGAUGCACCCUGUAUUAGUCACUAGCACCCUAGGUGUGAUCAUUGAAGUAAAUAUCUUUUAUACAAACACAA